CACCGCACAGUCUCCCCACCAACUACAAUUUGACAGUUUAUCAGGUGAGGCGUCACGCUACAGGAGCUCUUUCACUUUCUCUUGAGUUUCAGCGCGCAUUUCGCUGUGAGCCUGGGGUUGCUUAACUCAAAAACCAAUUACCAGAAGCCCUCACACCACGGCACCAUGAGCAAAAAGAAAAAGGAGUGGAGAGCGGAGAAAGAGCGCUUACUCAGUCUUGGUCUAGAGGAUAGGCGCAAAGAUUAUCGGGGAAACCAUGUGCCAUUGGACAAGAUUCCCACCUGGGCAAACCAUGAUGAUAAUACAGCUACUGAGGAAGAAGAACAAAAGCCUUUCUCCUUGACUGACAAAGUGUCUCUGUACAAAGGUGACAUUACCAUCCUGGAGCUGGAUGCCAUAGUGAAUGCUGCUACUGAGGAAGAAGAACAAAAGCCUUUCUCCUUGACUGACAAAGUGUCUCUGUACAAAGGUGACAUUACCAUCCUGGAGCUGGAUGCCAUAGUGAAUGCUGCAAACUCUUCUCUGCUCGGCGGUGGAGGAGUGGAUGGCUGCAUACACAGAGCCGCGGGUCAUCUCCUGUAUGAUGAGUGCCACUCGUUAAACGGCUGUGAGACUGGAAAAGCCAAAAUCACCUGUGGCUACGACCUUCCUGCUAAAUAUGUGAUCCAUACUGUCGGCCCAAUCGCCAGAGGAAAUGUGGGCCAGUUCCAAAGAGAUGACCUCGAAUCAUGCUACAAAUACUCCCUCAAGCUGAUGAAGGACAAUACUUUGAGAUCUGUGGCCUUUCCAUGCAUAUCGACAGGAAUUUAUGGUUUUCCCAAUGAGCCGGCAGCAGAAAUCGCCCUGAAGACCGUGUGUGACUGGAUCCUAAGCAACCAAGAUGAGAUCGACCGUGUCAUAUUCUGCGUCUUUCUGGAGACAGAUUAUGAGAUUUACAAGAGGAAGAUGUCAGAUUUCUUCUCCCCAGAUAAUGACGACCAUAAGAAUGAAAAAGAUGGCAGUAUGGACCAAGAUGACACGCAGCCUGUGGGAGAAGAGGAAAAAAAUGAUGCUGCUGAUAAAAAAGGUGAAAAGCAGGAUGAAGAAAUGAUGAGCCAGCAAGAGGGAUCCCAUAAGGAUGUGACGAUGGAUAGCCAGGAGCCAGAAGGCGAGAGCCCUGAUGCUGAAUCCAAGGAUGAGGAGAUCAAACCUCCUGAAAAGGGAGACCAUAUAGCCAGGCGUCUGUAA